AUGCUGUCACAGCGAUCCCAGCGCAACACCUCGGAGAUAAUCCCUAGGCUUUUGAGGGAAUAUCACCAGCCUCAAGCCGGCAAUAUUGAUAUUUUGGACUUGAGCCAAGCGGAGAACUCAGUCCUGAGAGAUGAGACUCUUGAUGAGAUACGAAGCGCGAUCGGGAAGCACUUGAAUGGAAGCAAUCUUUCGUAUCCUACGGGCGUCGGAGGCGAAUUAGCAGCACGAAAAUCAUUGGCCAUGUUCUUCAACGAUCGCUUUAACCCAGCUCGCAGCGUGAGCCCAGAUCACAUAGUAAUGACGCCCGGUGCAAGCGAGGCACUCGAAACAUUGAUUUUCCAUAUAUGUGAUCCCGGUGAAGGUGUUUUGAUAGCUGCACCGUACUGGAGUGGGCUCGACCUUGCCUUGGAGACCCGCAGUUUAGCUCGAAUUGUUCAAGUCAAUAUCCCUCUCCACGAAUUCUUCGAGAUGUCCAGUAUACAGUAUUACGAAAGAGCUCUUGCUACAUCGCCGAUUCCCAUCAAAGCAAUAUUGAUGUGCAAUCCUCAUAAUCCCCUGGGUCAAUGCUACAAUGCCGAUGUUCUCGAAGGCUUGCUAGGCUUUUGUCAGCGUAACAAGCUACAUUACAUAUCAGAUGAAGUGUAUGGCAUGUCAGUCUUCUCGGAUUCCGAUAAAGGAGUGACGCCAGCUUUUACUUCAAUUCUGUCCCAUGCCACCGCACCCGGGUUAACGUCGUGGGUCCACAUGGUGUAUUCCUUGAGCAAAGACUUCGGCUGCAGUGGACUCAGAUUGGGUGCGAUUGUCACGCAAGGAAAUACAGAUCUUUUGCUGGGUUCUGCGCUCAUUACCAAUAACAAAGUAUCCUCCUUAACCUCGGUCAUUGUGCCCUCGCUUUUAGAACCAAGAACUACGCAAAAAUUGCUGAAUCAAAACCUCCGUAGUAGGCUUAAUUUGAAUUAUGGAAAGGUUCAGCGAUUUCUGGAGAACAGAGGCUUGGAGUUUGUGCCUGCGAAAGCGGGUCUCUUUGUUUUUGCAUGCCUGGGCAAGACACGUACGGAAAAAGAACAGCUUCUCUUGAUAGAGUGCAUGAAACGAUCCGGGGUCAAGCUCGUUGCGGGAACAUCAUUUCACUUUGAACAAUUUUGCUGGUUCCGCAUCAUGUUUUCUUUGCCGAAGAAUAUCGUCGACGUCGCUCUCCAAAGGAUUGGAGAUGCACUUGAUGAAACGGAAAAAUUACUUUAA